AUGGCAUCACAAUCUGAUCCAAAUGAUAUCUUUUCGAAGCCAAUAGUCCGAAGGCGUUUCCAAGCUACAUUGGCACAACAGGAGCAUAAUGCAGACGAAGAUCAAAGUUCGUCUACACCUGAUAUUGUAGAAGCCCCUGAUGCUCCAGACAGCUCCGAUGUUCCUCUCAAUCCGCUUUCUUCUCCCCCAUUGAGUCUUCCGGAAACAUUGUCUGAAGGAAAUCCGGACACUAACCUCAGCGACGAGAGUGAGCCGGAAGUAUUGAGUCAAUCGUCAACAUCAUCACUAAAUAAGAGAAUGGAAGAAUCUGCGAUUGGGGGAGAAUCAAAUGCACGCUCCUUUAAAAGAUCAUCGUCGAGUCAAGGGUUCGACUAUGAGAGCAGUCCGAUGGCAACAGCUCCUGUUCAGAAGAAGAAAAAAGACGAAAUAGACAUGGGCGGAGCCAAAUUUUUUCCUAAACAAGAGAAAAAACAUGUUUACACACACAAAUGGACGAAUGAUGAUGAUGAUAAUGCUAUUGAAGACGAGCACGGUGCUUCUACAUCGUCUUCACAAAGAUCGAGGAGAGUGCACCAACCUGCGGUUUCAGCAGUUCCGCGCAAGCCAGUUUACGCCACAAGUAGCUCAUAUUCAUCAUCUUCAUCAAACAUACAAAGACAAAGUAUUCGGCAUAUCAAAGAAGCGAAUGAGUUGAGAGAAUCUGGAGAAUACGCCGACUUCAAACACGACUUGAUAUAUAUUCUGAGCAGCUUAAGAUCUGCUGAUGCGUCCAUGAAGGUCAAAUGCCUAAGUGCAAUCUCGUUGGCGAAAAAGUGUGUCUCACCUGAUUUUCGACAGUUCAUUAAGAGUGAGAACAUGACAACGAGUAUUGUUAAAGCGAUUUUGAACUCCCCAGAUGACGACCUGUUUGCCCUAGCUGCAUCAACUGUUCUCUAUCUUCUGACCCGUGACUUCAACUCUAUCAAAAUUGACUACCAUACACUACGCCUUGUUUCCCAGCUUCUUCGUAUUGAAAACAUGGAGCAGCGUCCAGAAGAGAAGGAUAAAGUUUUGAAUUUGCAAGAAGUCGGCGGUCAAAAGGCGUCUUUCGAUAUGAGAAAGGAUUGCUUGUCACCGUCGUCACUGAUCAUCGAAGCUCUCGUUUUCAUCUGCAGUCGUGCUGUGAAUGAUGAGAUUUUCAAAAACGAGCUUCUUAACUUGGGAAUUCUCCAAUUCAUUGUUGCUAAAAUUGAGACAAAUGUGAAUCUGAUUGCCGACGGAAGCGAAGACACAUUCCAUAUUCUUGUUCUCAAUCGUUGCUUUAGAAUUCUGGAAUCGAGCUCUGCGUUUCAUAAGAAGAAUCAAGCAUUCCUCGUGUCUCAUCGGUCCAACAUCCUCAUCAAAAGCCUUGCCAAGUUUCUUCAAGUUAUUCAUGACAAAGUACACGAUAUGCCUGAAGAAACCGUCAAGAAAUAUAUAUCCUGUCUUGCUCUUAUGUGUAGACUUCUAAUUAACAUUUCCCAUGACAACGAAUUAUGCUGUUCAAGGCUUGGCCAAAUUGAUAAUUUCCUGCCGAAUGCUUUAACUACGUUUACGUAUCUCGCUCCAAAAUACGGAAAAGAAGAUGCAUACGAUAUUAAUGUGAUGAUGACGUCUCUCCUAACUAACUUAGUGGAGCGGUGUAACUCUAAUCGGAAAGUUCUGAUUUCACAACAUGUCAAGAUGAUGAUACCGGGGCAAGAAGUAGAAGAAGUUCCGGCUCUGGAAGCGAUAUCUCGACUGUUCGUUUAUCAUGAAGCGCAAGCGCAAAUUGUUGAUGCAGAUUUGGAUAAAGAAUUGGCAUUCGAGGAAGGAGGAUGUGGAGAGGGUGAUGAAGAAGAUAACGAAGAUAGCAGUGACGAGGACGGUGUGCGAAAGGAUGGAAGACUGGAUAGGAACAAGAUGGACAACAUGGACCAAGUUGAUGUUGUACACGCUCUCCAACAAGUCAUGAACAAAGCAUCAGCACAUAUGGAAGGAAGUGUGAUUGCUUCCUAUCAUGCCUUGCUCACUGGCUUCGUUUUGCAACAAAAUGAGGAACAUCUUGAUGAUGUCCGAAAACAUCUUCCUGGAAACACUUUUGAAAACAUGAUUGCACAAUUGAAACGAUUGUACGAAUUCACAAAAGCCACGAUGUCAAAACGAAUCGAGUCCAACUCGGGAUUCCGUGCCAUCGAACGAGUCAUCGACUAUCUCGAACGUCUCGAUUAA